UACCUUUUUUACCAGUUCCUAUAUAAAGUAUUUCUACACAAUAUGUCUGUUUGAUUUUUGAGUAACAUGACACUGAAUUAAAAUGAAACUAACAAGGUUUUAGAAGGAAGUAACUACAUAUACUGUACAAAAGAGAAACAAAAGAGAUGACAAAGAAAAAAGAUGUGUAGCAGCAAAACUGGCUGAACUGAUCAAACUUGUAGGCCAUAUUUGUCCAUAGGGAAGGGCUGGUAGAUGGAAACAGUUUAUUAUUGCUAACUAAUACAACAUCUUAGCUGUUAAGAAAGCAACAAAAGAGCAAGUUUUAUCCAUUCAGCAUUAUCAUGGCAUCCAUGUUUGGAAUAAGUGAAGCAGAGGUGAAUGAGAUGACCAGCGUUCUGCACUCCCGCGUGGCCACCGAUGUUGUGGCACAAGUGGAAGGCAUGCUUACACAGAUGAACUCUGUGACUCUGAACAUUGCUGUUACAGGAGAGUCAGGUGCAGGCAAGUCUUCGUUCAUCAAUGCUUUCCUUGGGAUUUCUGAUGAGGAACCUGAAGCAGCACAGACAGGUGUAAUAGAAACCACUCAGAAGGCCUUAGUAUACUCACAUCCUACUGCUAGUAAUGUCUUGCUGUGGGACCUGCCAGGGAUUGGGACUCCCUCUUUUCAUCCUAGAACCUACUUGGAGGAUGUUGGCCUCCUAAAAUAUGACUUUUUCAUUAUUGUCACAUCUGACAGGUUUCAAGAGUACCAUUCUGCACUGGCUAAAUGCAUAAUGCAAGCUCAAAAGAAGUUUUAUUUCAUCAGGAACAAAGUGGAUCGAGACUUGGAGGCAAAUGCUCGGCGCAGGAGUCAGAGAGGUUUGUCAGACGAUGCUGUCUUGAACCUUCUCCGUUUAGACUGUGAAAAAAAUCUGAGAAAUGGUCAGGUGGAACAACCACGGGUUUUCCUACUCUCCUGCUUUCACCCACAGUGCUAUGACUUCCCUGCACUCCAGAUGACCUUGCUGGAGGAGCUGGAGGGACAUAAGCGGCAUGCCCUGCUCUUGUCACUACCCAACCUGAGUGCAUCUUUAAUACAAGGCAAACGGGAGGCACUAGCUCAGGAUGUGUGGAAGAAAGCAAUCGUGGCAUCCUUGAGCAGUGUCACGAGGGGUGCCACUUACAAUCCCAUUGUUCCCAAACUCAUGGAGACUUUAAAAUAUUAUCAACAGACAUUCUGUCUAGAUGCAAAAUCUCUUCAUCGACUGUCUAAUAUAACAGGGAUUUCACAAGAGAAACUUCAGAGUGAAGUAAGGUCCACCUUUGGUAAAGGGCUGUCAGCACAGGAAGUGGAAGACUUGCUAAAACAUGUAGCUACAGGACAUCAACUGAUGGCUAAUUAUCUGGAGAACAAAGUCCCAAUUCUGGGCUCUGUCAUUGCAGGUGGAAUUUCCUUUGUGGCUUCAUACGUCCUGCUGAAAUCUGCUGUAAAGGAGUUGAGUGAAGAUGGAGAAAGAGUGAUACAGAAAUCACUAUUUGACUCUAAACAUUUUUCUCUUAAUGAUUCCAGUGAAGUUCUCUGAUUCUACAGUUUAAGGCCAUGAAGGCUCUGUUGGCUCAUACUGGAAUGAAAACACAGCAGUACUGUACAUCUUUCAAACCUAAUAAACAUCCCCUCUGUUGUUGUAAUAACCUUCACUCUUCUCGGAAGGCUUUGCAGCAAUGCUGUUGGGAUUUGCCGAUUUAGCCACAAGAGCAUUGGUAGAUGUGUAGGCCUGGAACACAUUCCAAUUCACAGCACUUUGCCAUUGGUGGAAGUUUUUUGUAUAUUUUUCCAUUUGUAAUCAUACUCAAUGUUGUGGAAUACUGGGGAGAUAUGUGGUUCCUCAGUAUAACAGCUAUAAUCCUAAUAAAAACUGAAUAUUUUUUGCUGCAAUGCACUUCAGAUCAUUAAGAGAGACUUUUAUGGUGGAUUCCCCACAUAAUUUUAUAUGAUAAUAAAAAUAUUGCUGUUUAACAAUGUAAAACAUAAAGCAUAUGGUGAAGUUUUCCCAUAGAAGAUCUUUAUUUAGCCUUUGUCAAUAGCAGUGCUUUCCUUCCAUCAAGUUAGUUCCUUAGUUAGUGUUUUUUUGUCUCUUGAAUUUUUAAAGUCAAAAAAAUGUUCAUGCUACUGAGAAACAAACAAAAUGCAAACUGCUCUGUGCUGAAGACUCAUAGUCUUAAGACAAUAAAAGCUUCUUGACUUGACUUGACCUUUAAUUGUGAUUGUAACUAUUAAAUGUAACUAUGAAAGGUGCUAUAAAACUAUAAAAACCUAAAUGUGCUGUUUGUUAAUACUUUCCGUUUACUGUUUAACUCAUUAUUACACUAUUGUAAAAUUGCUUUUCAUUUUCUCCAUAUGGUAUGACAAACCCUGUGUCAUCAACACAACCCUCCAUCUGUCCAUCACACCCCUGGACAAUAAGGACUCACGUUUGAAUGCUGGUCAUAGACUUUAGUUCAGCAUUCAGUAAAAUCAUCCAUCAGCACCUGAUUGAGAAGCUGAGCCUGCUAGGCCUGAACACCUCCCUCUGCAACUGGAUCUUGGGGUUCCUGACUUGGGAGACCUCAGUCAGUCCGGAACUGGAACAGCAUCUCCAGCACCAGCACACUGAGCACUGGGGCCCCUUAGGGCUGUUUGUUCAGCCAACUGCUGUUCACUCUGCUGACUCACGACUGUGCAGCAAUGCACAGCUUGAACCACAUCAUCAAGUUCGCCCAUGACACGCCCGUGGUGGGUCUCAUCAGCAAGAACAACGAGUCAGCAUACAGAGAGGAGGUGCAACAGCUAACAGCCUGGUGUAAAGACAACAACUUGUCUCUGAACAUUUUCUCUUGUUCAUCAAUAGAUCCUCAGGUUCUGGGUUGGUUUGAUGAACCGGAGCCGCUGACAUGAGAACUUAUUAAAUCAAAUUAUGUAAAUAUUUAUUC